CAAGACGUUUUCUUCUCUUUUUUUUUUUUUGGCGUUUUCACCUCAGCGCGGCCGUCGCCUGUUUCGUGAAGUGAAGAAAGCAGCUGAGCAGAGUGCGCCGGAAUGGGAGUGACGGUGGAGAGUAUCAGCAACGGGGACGGACGGACAUUCCCAAAGAAGGGUCAGAAAGUCUACGUACAUUAUGAUGGUUAUUUGGAGAAUGGCAAGAAGUUUGACUCUUCCCGGGACAGAAAUAAGCCUUUCUGCUUCGUCAUUGGACGGAAGGAGGUGAUCCGUGGCUGGGAUGAAGGUGUUGCACAGAUGAGUGUGGGGGAAAGGGCGCGUCUCAUCUGUACCCCAGACUUUGCGUACGGCCUCACAGGACAUCCAGGCGUCAUUCCUCCUAACUCAACGCUCAUUUUUGAAGUGGAGCUGCUGCGUAUGGAGUGAGGGACACUCUGGACUAGAGUGUGGGUAUGUGAGGCUGACUGUUUUCUCUCGGCUUUUUGCCAUCUGUCUCCUUCCAGGUGUCGGGAGCGGUCUGCCCGCAAUGAUUACCCUGCGUUGUGGGCAGAGUGCGGAUCACAGCAGCGUGGACACAGCUUGACCCUCUCCCCUCCUUCCACAAACUGCCUUCUUACCACAAGUCGUGUCCUCCUUCUCCUGGCUGAAGUUACCGAGCAAAUUUUUCACUGGAUGUUUUUAUGAAACAGUUAAAGCUGUGGCUGGACAGUCACUCUGUGGAGCCGGCCUCAUCCCAGCGCUGUCAAGGAUGGUGGUGGUUCUUUCCGUUAUUUUGAUGCCGCCUGCGUAGGGAUAGAGGACCGGCACUGUGAACCAUUCCAGAGCUGCCUGUCUGUGCGCUACAGAGCUUGCCAAGCCCAAUUCCAGUGUCCUGCAGCUCCUGCUUUCCUCCCCUCACGUGGCAGGGUCCUGUCUUGUCUGCACCGCAUGCAGCCCCAACCGCACACUGUCCACAUUAAACAGCUUUUCUCUACUGGAAGGUCUUGUGUCUGUGCUCUGAAAUCACAAUAAAUGAUCUGUAACUUGGUAAA